AUGGACGGUGUCAAGCGAUAUUACAGCUCCCUUGAGACUCGCCUUGGGAAUUGGAUCGUCUACGGCGGCCGUGCUCAUCUGGGUUACUACCCCCCGGAUGUCUGGUGGCCAUUUCCGGUCCAUCACGCGCUUAUUGCGAUGGAAGACCAGGUGUUUCGAUCACUGCGUUUGAACCCGGGUGCUCGAGUUCUUGAUGCCGGUUGCGGAGACGGUCAGGUGGCGAUCCAUUUCGCGCAGAAAGGACUGCAAGUCCAUGCUAUCGAUAUUCUUCCAGAGCACGUCCAACAAGCACAACAGAAUGUCCGGGAGGCUAUUGAUAAGGUCGACUGGAACGCCAAGCACAAUUCAGACACAGUCACGCCUUUGGAUGCAUUGACGGUCCAGCAAGGUGACUAUCAUGAUCUUCAAACGGAGGAAAACGGUUCACUGGACGGCAUCUACACCAUAGAGACAUUAGUCCAUGCGACCGACCUGAACCGCGUCCUGUCAGAGUUUUAUCGAGUACUCAAGCCCGGAGGCAGGAUCGCCCUAUACGAGUAUGACCACUGGGGUGAUGACGAUAUUCAGCAAACAAACCAAUCGGAAAAGGAGGCUAUGGACAAGGUUCGCUUGCAUGGUGCUAUCUCAAAGACGGCAAAUGAAUUGUCCCAGUCACUCUUAGAGGACCGAAGCGAACAUGUUUGCUCACAGAAAGGCUUGGCUGGGAUGCUGAACAAGGCUGGCUUUGAGGAUGUUCAGGAGCGUGAUAUCUCGCCGAAUGUAAACCCAAUGAUACGGUUUCUCGCUUAUUUCCUAUAUGUCCCAUCCAUGAUUGUGUUGACUUUGGGCUUGGAAGCGUAUUUCAUCAACACUGUUGCCAUUGUCGCCAACUAUCAGCGUGGGUGGAAAUAUAUUGCGGUGACAGCGCGGAAACCUGCGACAGUAUCUGGCUAA